UUCCGGCCAACCGGGCAACGUCUAGGGUUUAUAGCGCCCCUCACUCCGCCCGAACCGAAUAAAAUCAAGAAAGCGCUACUUCGCUUGCUUCUUUGACCCCUGUUGGCGCCUAUAUAAACCCAACCCAAUUCAUAAAACCCGAAAGUACCGGGAGCGAGAGACAGGCCAAUCAAUGGUGGGAGCGGCAGAGAGCGGCGCGGCGACGUCGUCUCCGCACCCCGAGGUAUUCAUACCUCCGUGGUGGGCGGAGGCGGCGGAAGACAUCGCACGCGCCUCCUCCCCUCCGCCUGUGGCCCUCGUCUGCGGCCCCAAGAAUAGCGGCAAGUCCACCUUCUCCCGCCAUCUUCUCAACAUCCUCUUGCAACGGUAUGAGCGAGUGGGAUAUUUGGACACGGACGUGGGGCAGCCGGAGUUCUCCCCUCCCGGUUGUCUCUCGCUUCAUCUCAUCGACGAGAUUAAUCCAGAUUUGAAGAAUCCGUGCAUAAGGCCACCUGAGAGGUGCUUCUUCUUUGGUGAUAUUUCUUCAAAAAGAGAUCCAGAUGCUUAUUUAAAAUGCAUUUUCAGUUUAUAUGAUUACUUCAUAAAGGAGCAUUAUGAACCUAAUGAGCUUGGUAGUCCUGGAAAAUCAAUGUUACCUCUAAUUAUUAACACUCCUGGAUGGGUGAAAGGUACUGGUUUUGAUCUUUUAGUGGAAAUGUUGAGAUAUAUCUCUCCCACUCAGGUGGUUCAGAUACGCAUCUCAGUAGAGAGCAAGAAUCUUCCAACUGGUAUAUUUUGGUUGGAUGGUGAACAAAAGAGACCUGUUAAUUUGAUUGAAGUCUCUUCGGCACGCCAGGAUUCUUUAAAUAGAUCGGUGUUGAUUCGAAAAGAUGCAAAAAUUAUGCGAGACUGUCAUCUUUUUGACUACUUUAGGCAAUGUUUUCCAAGUGACCUGAAUAUUGUAACUAACAAGGAACUUGCUUAUGCCUUGGCUUCCCUCCCUCCUUAUGAAGUUCCUUUAUCAAGGCUAAAAGUUAUGCAUCUCCACUGUCAGGUUCCAAGUAAUGAAGUUUUUCACAGUCUAAAUGCCACAAUAGUUGGUUUGGCAGUUAGUUCUGAUGGGCCAGCAAAAUUUCAAUCCUGCAUUCCUUGGUGCGUUGGACUUGGCAUUGUGAGAGGCAUCAACAUAUCCAAAGGUCUAGCAUAUGUGAUUACACCUGUUCCUUAUUCAAGUCUACGAAAGGUUGAUCUUCUUCUACAGGGUUAUAUUGAAAUCCCAACUGGUUUGCUGCAGGUAAUCCCGCUGAAGUACGUGGAUGUGUGUCCCCUUAUAUGUCUACCAAGGUGCUGCACAAGGUAUCAGAUAAAGAUCUAUAGGGGGGAGCAGCUCUUGCCUUGACACCAAUUUGCAAGAUAUUAAAGGUUAGUUCGCUCAUCACCAAUUAUAGACGCUGGAAUUGUAUCAUCAGCACUGAUACACUAGAUGGUAUAGAUUAUGAACCACUGCCUUGAUCUUGCCAAAAGGAAAAAAGAAAAAGACUGCCUUGUUACAUAUAUUUUCUUGUAACCUGAUGGCCUCUUAUAACCAUAAUCAUCUAGAGUUAUUCCAA